AUGGCAAAAAUGUGAGUUUGAAAUACCUUCUCUUGUGGUUUUUGUCGUGCCCCCCCCCCCCAAUGUAAACAUUAAUGCAAAUGCUGCUAAUAGUUAAUGUCUUAAUUUUAAAAUUUUGAGAUGUGACAUAUGAAUGCAAUUAAUGUGGCUUUUUACUGUCGCCACCACCCUUUUCCUGUUAUUAUCAGUUAGCAACUGUCUCCUGUUGUUUUCAUGUUUUGAUUCAAAUCUGAAGGCAGCCUAGCUCAUUUUGUAUUUCCCUUUUUUAUGCUACAUUAUAUAAUACGUUGCAUAAUACACUGGGGAAAGUAUUCAGCAAAUCUUGACUCUCUAGAUAGUUGUUUGAAACAUUGGUCCAAAUUCUUCUCUGGAGAGAAUAAUAAGUGAACCAUGAGAAAGAAGGACAACCUUGUAACUGGGAUGAAAAAUCCAGUUCUUGCCUUCAUACCACCUGGAACUAAGUUAUUUUUAAGCAGGCUGGUGGCUGAUGGUUCAGAGUAGAGUUCAAUUUGAGUUUGAAGGCAAGAACAAAGUAUGGAUUGCUGCAAUCUGGGAUGAAUACAGUUAGCUGGGAAUAAGUCCUAUUGAACUAAUAUUGUACAUGUGUAUGCCUGGUUAGAAGAUACAUUUGUAAAACUUUUCUUUUUUUAAUUCUAGUGUUACAAAUCUUAAAUACUGGGGGCGAUGUGAGCCUGUGAUUUCAAGAACUCUUCAGUUUCUAAAUGACCUUUCAGUUGGAUAUCCUUUUAACUGUAUAUCAUGGGUCCUAUCCACUGGGAAUGUGCACCAUUUUCAUCUUUACUUUUUUACGUGUUGAUACUCUUGGGAAUAGUUGAUACUGAAACAGUAAUUAAGUAUAGCCCUUUCUGUGCAUAGUCCAUUUUGAAAAUGUCAUCUUGCUUAUUUUGCACAUAAUCUUCCUUUCAAAUUAAUCUAAAGGUUCUGGUUCCUGUCCAGUUUUAUUGGUCAGUAAAGCUGGGAUUUUGAUAUAAAACCAAAAUAGGUUUAUUGUCUCCUUCAACCCUGCUUCUGAUGGCUUCCAUGAAAGGGUAACAGCUAUGGCAAUUGGAAUCGGGCAGUGAUUGGUGAGAUGGCCAGAAUCAUCUGUGCUUGCUUCAGAGCCUGACAUUGAUUGAAUGUUCAGCAGCUCACUGGUCCUGUGAGUUAGACUUUUUGGAGAGCACAUGGUCUUUUUCACUUUCUCCCAUCAUCAGCCCAGUGCCAUCAUCUGCUGUGCAACUCAAGGUCAGGGUCAACUGAGCAUUCAGCUAAUUGUACUUCUAGUUUAAUGAGCUGGUUAACAUGAUCUGGUGUGAAUGUAUGUUUGGGUAUUUUAUGUUUGCCAGUGUGUGUGUGUGUGUGUGUGUGUGUGUAAAGGGAAGUGUCACUUGUAUGUGACAAAGACGGAAGAGAAGAGGUUAUUGUAUUGCAUUGCUAAAAUGUUAAAAGGGUAAAAAUGAUUGUUUUUCCUCGAUGAUUUCUUUCUGUACCUUAUUGUUCAAUAAACUAAAGGUCAACAAGAAAUUCUACUUUAAAUAGCUUUGUUAAGAUAUGAAGAUAAUCAGUCUUUAAGUAAUAAAAGGUAAUGAACUUCUUUCAUUGGUGCUUCUGUUCCUAGUCUAUGCAGAGAACUUUAAACUUCAAGCAGUUGCCACAAAGCAGUUGUGGUGCAAGAACACUCUAUGUUCAUCUCAGUCACCACCUUUCUCCUUGUCCUUUGCCAUUGAGAGGUGAGGAUGACCCCAGAUUGGAGGAGGAGGAGCUGCUAGGCAGCAGCAGGGAGGAGAGGGGAAAGUAGUAGGGGUGAAAGUUGAGGAAAAAGAUGGUGCAGUGGGAAAAGCAAUGGCGACAGUGACCCACCUUAGGUGGCACACAGUGUUGUGCUGGGCCCAGUUCAACCUGACAUCUUUAAAAUAGUUGUGUGAAUGUCUGUUUUGCGCUCCUUCCUAUUCCCCACCCCCCAAUUGAAUCAGUGCGUUCUUCCAAGCUGCCUUUCCACCUUUGUUUUCUUCUCCAUUUCUUUUAUAGCAGAAAUUGCUUGUUUCUUCCACCCUCUGAAACAAACAAGCUUUAACGAAUGCUUACUCCUUUACAGUGGACCCUCGAGUUACGUUGGGACACGGGUGGCGCUGUGGGUUAAACCACAGAGCCUAGGACUUGCUGAUCAGAAGGUUGGCGGUUCGAAUCCCUGCGACGGGGUGAGCUGCUGUUGCUCGGUCCCUGCUCCUGCCAACCUAGCAGUUCGAAAACACGUCAAAGUGCAAGUAGAUAAAUAGGUACCGCUCCGGCGGGAAGGUAAAUGGCGUUUCCGUGCUCUGCUCUGGUUCGCCAGAAGCAGCUUAGUCAUGCUGGCCACAUGACCUGGAAGCUGUACACCGGCUCCCUCGGCCAAUAAAGCGAGAUGAGCGCUGCAACCCCAGUCGGUCACGACUGGACCUAAUGGUCAGGGGUCCCUUUACCUUUACUCGAGUUACGUACCGCUCUGGAUACAUAACUUUCAGGCUGCAAAUGCGGCAAACCCAUUGUGUAUACUUCCGGUUUUCGCCGCGCAUGCGCAGUAGCGCUCUGUAGUGCCGUGUGCGUGUGCAGAAGCAGCGCCUCGAGUUAUGGACUUUUCAGGUUAAAUAUGGACCCCCGGAACAAAUUUAUUUCGUAUCUGGAGGCUCCACUUUAUAUGCUGCUUUAAGAUCUGCAAGUUAACCUUUCUUCCACAAGAAAAUAGGCCUGUGGGUGCUCAGAGAAAGAACCUUGCCUGCCAUGCACUAAUACUAAUCCAUUAUAGAUGUCAAGUCCAAAAGGUUCUGUACUACUGAGCUUUUAAUGGUUUUUCACCUGUGCAGUUCACAGUUGUUCAUUGCCAAUAUUAUAUUCAGAUUAGAUUGCAGAAUGGUCCUGCUUCUGAUGUUAUAUCUUAGUAUUUUGGUUCUGGUUUUCUUUUGAUUAAGUGGAGAUUCAGAUUUGUUAUUUUUUAAAACAUAUAUGCUUGUUUCAGUUUUGUUCUUUCUAUCAUUUUUUAAAGCUGCCUUUUAAUUUAUAUUAUAAUUUAAAAGAUACAUAAAAUGCAUGAAUUUUUUUAAAAGGAGAAAUGAAUUGCAUUGCAACUGGGCUUCAGGUAAAUAUCAAAGCAGUUAAACAUCUCCUGUGUUUUAAGAAUCCUUGGCCUUUGGAUAUAAUUUUUUUCAUCUCUUUAUCUGAUUCAGUGGCAUAUAGCAGCAUUGGACAAUAAACUGUGGAGGCAUCAUAGCUCAGUGGGUAAAGCACAUGCUUUUGAUAAAGAGAGUUUUAGGUUGAAACCUGGUUCCUUCUUUCAACCAGACUGGAAAGAACCUCUAAGGCAAUACUGGGCUAGGUGUCCAAUGGCAUGGCUUGGUAUAUGUUCCCUUUGUUGCUUAUACAGUGGUACCUUGGUUCUCGAACGGCUUAGUUGUCAAACAAAUGGCUCCUGAACGGUGCAAACUCGGAAGUAAGUGUUCUGGUAGGCGAACGUUUUUUGGAAACAGAACAUCCGAUACGGCUUCCGAUUGAGUGCAGAAAGCUCUUGCAGCCAAUCGGAAGCCAUGCCUUGGUUUUCAAAUGGUUUCAGGAGUCGAACGUACUCCUGGAAUGGAUUAGGUUUGAGAACCAAGGUACCACUGUAUCUGUUAUUAAAAAAUCUCAUAGAAAUUGAUGCACUUUUUCAUUCCAAACCAGGGUCCAAUAAUACUCAGUGUUCUACUUCUCUCUUUCCUUGAUAUUAUUAUUCCCCAAAUGAACUUUGUAAAACCCUCUUGCUUGGUAGGUAAUUUUGCUAUAUCGAUGAAUGGGGGUACAUGAUGAAAAGUGCAUAUAAAAUUGGCAUUAACUUUGCUAGUUAACUUUUUUUUAAUUGGCGACAUUGAAAUAAACAACGUUUUGAAUAAAUAAACUUCAUUAAAUGUAAUUUGACUCGAACUUCUGUGAUUUGUUUCUUUUUCCGGUUAAAAUGAAUGUAGCAUGAUAGAGCUAACCUAAAUGCUGUUUCACUUUAUUCUUAUGUGUUAGUAUUAGUUAAGUUUAAAAUUGUGUUCUUUGGCAAAUGAAAAAAGAAUUCAGAAGUAUUAAGACACCCACUUUUGUGCUGGAAUUUAAUAUGCAACUUUUUAUUGGAAAAUAAUCGUCCUUGUCUGGCAAAAUCCACCAUGCAAUAUUUCUGUUAGUAGGCAUAAUGUAAUAAAGGCAGGGAGGGCUAUUUAUCACAACAAAUUUUGAGGAUUUCAGGAUUCUUUUUAUUAUUUUAAUAUAUUUCUUUGGUAUUAAAUCAGAAAAAUGAUAAAUUACACCUGUCGAAGCUGUUUUUCCUUUUUGUUGGAAAAUGAUGUACAACCCAAUUUUGCUGGUCAUUUUGGCUUUUAACGAUACAUACAUUUUCCCCUCUUUUAAAUCUAUUGGCUCAGCUUUUAAAGAACAAUACUGAAGUACUUCUUAUUUCUUACAUAUGAAGUGUUUAUAAAUACUUCCUGGUAUCGCAAACUUUAACCUUUUAACAAUGCAUUAGUUUGUCAGAGCAACUCAGUGGCUGUGAUGUUCAAGCUCACUUCAGACAAGCCCUUCUCAUUCUGAUAGGGAUUAAGUCACUGUGGUCGGUUGAGGAUUAGGCUUUCAUUAUAUAUAACUUUGUUGAGAAGCAUCAUGUUUUUUAGAGACCACAUCCAGGGGGCCCAUUUUCAGUACACAGGGUACAUUAAAUUGUGAUUAAUUUGAAAGGCUAAAAAAUAAUUAGUUUAAUUUAAAUGCCUGCCCAUUGCUUAAUUCAUUCAUAUGCAUAUAAUUUUCUUUCAGAAUCAAGCGCUACAUGUUCCUUGAAAUUGGUACUUAUCUUUUAUUAUGCAUAAGGGUUAUUUAUUUCUUCAGAGAUUCUAUAACAGUUUUUUUUCAAAAAAAAUCACAAUUUUAGAAAGGAUUAGACAAAAGAGCAAAAAUAUAUAUAGGGAGUAUUUUAAGCAACAAGAGGCAACAAAUGAUUUGUGUUGCUGUCUUGUUUUGCAUUAUUUUAACAAUUAUUCCAGGCUUGCGUAUUUAGAAAUAUAUUAGCCCAAUUUGAUUUUAAGGCUCAGUUAUUUGAAUUAUAAAUCAUUAUGUCCCUUCUAGCUGAUCAGUCACGGAAUAGCUUUGAAUUCAUUUACAUAAUGGAAUGUGUUAGUGUUUCCUUUCUGUCAGUGUAGUCAUGGUACUCCCUCAUGCAUCCUCGGUUGUUUCUCAUAAUUAACUUUAACACACACACACACACACACACACACUCAUACACUCAUGGUUAUUUUGUGAAGGAACUGACCACAAAGUGUCUUUCAUGUGUCUGAUUGUUCUUCUUCCUACUUACACUGUGAUUGCAGCUAUUAAAGUCUUUCUUUUGGUUUCAAAGAAAACCCCUGCAAAAAGACUUCACAACAUAAAACAGUCACUUGAUAAGAAGUAAUCAAGCAAGUUACCUAAAAGUCUCUACAUGUAAUUGUUAAAACAUAGCCUAGGAAGUGGAUUAUUUAAAAUGUUCGUCUUCAGCUGAUGAAUCUACUGUUUGUUUGUAUCCAGAGCUAAGCUGGCUUGGUUGCAGAAGCAUUGCAGUAAACUAUCAUUGGGCAAUAGAGAAAUAAGGAAAAAUCUAGACAAAUGUAGUAAAGAUAAAAAUUACUGCCAAGUCCGUUGAUGCAAGUGUAUUUAAACAUGCUUGUUUCUAUACUGGAUUGUGAUUAAAAUACAGGCAACUCUCAGUUUACACUGGGGUUACAUUCUAGGUAUAGAGAUUUUGGCGUAAAGCCAAAAUUGUGUAAAGUAUAGUCAAAACACAUUGGGUUCAAUGGUAGGUGAGAUUGCCACCUUUUAUUAUAUGUUGUUGUUGUUUAGUCGUGUCCGACUCUUCGUGACCCCAUGGACCAGAGCACGCCAGGGACUUCUGUCUUCCACUGCCUCCCGCAGUUUGGUCAAACUCAUGCUGGUAGCUUCGAGAACACUGUCCAGCCAUCUCGUCCUCUGUCGUCCCCUUCUCCUUGUGCCCUCCAUCUUUCCCAACAUCAGAGUCUUUUCCAGGAGUCUUCUCUUCUCAUGAGGUGGCCAAAGUAUUGGAGCCUCAGCUUCAGGAUCUGUCCUUCCAGUGAGCACUCAGGGCUGAUUUCCUUCAGAAUGGAUAGGUUUGAUCUUCUUGCAGUCCAUGGGACUCUCAAGAGUCUCCUCCAGCACCAUAAUUCAAAAGCAUCAAUUCUUCGGCGAUCAGCCUUCUUUAUGGUCCAGCUUUAUUAUAUAUAUAUUGCCAAUUGUGUUGCUGAAUGUGAACAAGUUAAAUGCACAUAAGUUGCGAGUUACCUGUAGUCAAAAAUUUAAGAGGUUACAGAUAGGACCAAGAUGUGGGUCCUAGGUCCAUUAAAUGCUGAAGACUGCUGAUGUAAACUUUAGAGGCCAUAUCCAAUUCUGUUGCUUCUUUGGCUCACUUGACUUCCAUGUAGCCAAUGGGGCUGCCUUUUCCUUUCCUAUCAUUUCCACCCACCUGCACACCCUCAAAAUUAACUCCAGAGGGCUGGAGCAUGCUCCAAAACAGUUUUUGGGGGAUGCACAGGGGGAAGGAGAAAAAACAGAAGUCCUGUUGCAGUAGUGGAGGUACGCACACAGAAUGUUGCAUGCGUGCCAAGAGUUCUGACUUUUAAAAUGUUAGGAUUAAAGAAAACAAAUUUUUAAAUAGAGACCCCAAUUUGAAUAACUUCCAGGUUGCUUAUAUAAUUUAAACUCUUUUCCUAUACCCUCUCUUUAGUACAGUGGUACCUCGGGUUAGGGACGCGGGUGGCGCUGUGGGUAAAAUCUCAGCGCCUAGGACUUGCCGAUCGCAUGGUCGGCGGUUCGAAUCCCCGCGGCAGGGUGAGCUCCCGUCGUUCAGUCCCAGCUCCUGCCCACCUAGCAGUUCGAAAGCACCCUUAAGUGCAAGUAGAUAAAUAGGUACCGCUUUAUAGCGGGAAGGUAAACAGCGUUUCCGUGUGCUGCUCUGGUGCCGGUUCGCCAGAGCAGCUUCGUCACGCUGGCCACGUGACCCGGAAGUGUCUGCGGACAGCGCUGGCUCCCGGCCUCUAGAGUGAGAUGAGCGUACAACCCUAGAGUCUGUCAAGACUGGCCCGUACGGGCAGGGGUACCUUUACCUUUACCUAACUCGGGUUAAGUACUUAAUUUGUUCUGGAGGUCCGUUCUUAACCUGAAACUGUUCUUAACCUGAAGCACCACUUUAGCUAAUGGGGCCUCCCGCUGCUGCCGCGCCACCGGAGCACGAUUUCUGUUCUCAUCCUGAAGCAAAGUUCUUAAUCCAAGGUACUAUUUCUGGGUUAGCGGAGUCUGUAACCUGAAGCCUAUGUAACCUGAAGUGUAUGUAACCCGAGGUACCACUGUACUUUCAGCCAUUAAGAUAGAUAUGUGUACACUAGUUUCAUAGCUAUAUAAAGUUCUUUAACUAAAUUUGACUGUGAAUGCAAGGUGUUGGGAGGAAAGGGUAAUGCUGUAUUUUUCCGUGUAUAAGAAGACCCCUAUUUUUGGAGCCCAAAAUUAAGAAAUAAUUUAUUGCAACAUUCCGUGUAAAAGACAACCCCCAACUUUAAACUUAUAAAUUUUGGGGGGAAAUAUAGUCUUAUACACGGAAAAAUACAGUAUUUUCAAACUUUUGACGAUUUUGCUGUGUUGAAUAUUCAGUGCCACACUAUAUCUAACUGAUGCAGAGACACAGUGGUGCCUUGGUUCUCGAACUUAAUCCGUUCCGGGAGUCCAUUCAACUCCUGAAACCAUUUAAAAACCAAGGCGUGGCUUCCGAUUGGCUGCAAGAGCUUUCUGCACUCAAUCGGAAGCCAUAUCGGAUGUUUGGUUUCCAAAAAUCGUUCGUCUACCAGAACACUUACUUCUGAGUUUGCGCCGUUCGGGAGCCGAUUUGUUCGACAACUAAGCCAUUCAAGAACCAAGGUACCACUUCAGUUGUUUCUUUCCUUAUACAGCCUCCCUCAACCUGGUGCCCUUGAGAUGUUUUGACCUACAAAUGCAUUAUCCUUGACCUAUAGUGAUGCUGGCUGAGACUAUGGGAGUUGGAAUCUGGAGGGCACCAGGUUGGAGAAGGUUGUCCUAGAGUAAAAGAAUGAUACAGGAUAAUGUCAGUAUUUAUCUGUGGCUCCCACCCUUCCUGUCUUGACCAUUUUAAACAGAGAAAAUAUUUUAAUCAGAACUGUGAUAGAUGAGAUGUUGAACUCAAAACCUUGAUCCAUAUGUAGCAGCAAGUUGCGUGCCAGUUCUAAUGCAUGAGAAAAUCCCACCCUCUUCCCCUAUAUACACACUACAGAGGACCAGCACUAUCUGUUCUGACAGAGCUGCUCUCUGUGACGUUAAGAGAGAGUGCUGGAGGUAAAUAGUCAAACAGGUUGCCCAGUCAGGACCCAGGGGGGUGGAAUCAGAGGGACUAUAAAACCAGUUCUGGGAGGAGUUUGGGGAGGAGUUCGUUGGGAGUUGUUGGUGGGUAGUUGGUUGGAUUUAGUGGGUUGGCUGGUUGGGAAAGGCAGUUGGUAAUAGAGAGACAGUUAGGGCAGUGGGUUCUUGAGUGUGGGGAGGUAGAAGAGAUAGAGAGAGGAAAAUAAGACUAAGAAAGUAAAGAGCAACAACGUUUGGAAUGCUGUGAAAGUUUUGUUUGUGUCUGAAAUAAAAUGCACUCUUCUUUAUUAAUUGAGAUCUUACUGAGACUGAAGUGAUUUCACCAGGGAGGACCUGUUUGGUGGCAGCGGAUUAGUGGUGUACGGGUCAAUAGUCCGUGAGACAUCCGGGGGCUCCGUACAAACGCCACACUCACCUGUUGAGGAUUAGUGACAAGGUUUACCUGAAUUUGGCACCCCAUUCUCCCAUCUGCUGUGAGAGACGACGGCUGUAAAAGAUGAAAGAAUUGGCCUCUAUAUGGCCUGACAAGUAUCAUACAUUUCCUACUUGUCUUUUAAAAAUUUUAAGAACACUAUGACUGUUGAUAGUUUUAACAACUUCCCUGCUCUUCUGCUUAGUAAUAUUAUGUAUUAAUUAUUAUUUUCUUUGCAUUUUUUUAAAAUUAAAAGCCUAAUUUUUGAAAUCUGCAUGUUCUAAUACUCUGUAAACCUAUCGAUAUGUGGUCUCUGAAGACCAUAUGCAUUAAGAAGUUGGGUUUUGUGUCAUCAGCAUAUUAAUUGCAUACUGUUGUUUCCCUUAAUUUCAAACACUUAUAUUCUCCUAAAAAAGCUUGUGAAAAUAGAGGCUGUGAAGUUCAUGCUGCAGAAUCAUACGGUAGGUCUCUCAAAUUAGCUUCAAUAUUUUAAAAGUUGUUAACAUGAAAUAAUGAAUGGUGUUGACUUUUCUUAAUCUCUUCUUCAUUUUUCCACCAGAGUAAACACUUUCCUUUCUUGGGUGUAAAUGAUUAUGGUUUGAGUGACCUUAGGUGCAGAACCAGAUUCUAUACUGCACUCACACGCCUUCUCAUGGUAGAUCUAGGUAAGAAAUUUUUCAUUGUAUUCCUUCACUCCCUUUCUGAAGUUAGAAAGGUCUCCGAAAUACAUUGUCUACUCUAUGGUCUAAUAAUCAGUUCCUGGUAAUAUUGAUAUUUGUUUUUAAAUCAAAAGAACACUACGCCAGACAUGUUAUUAAAACAUGUUAUGACCACUUUGAGACCUAAUUGCUUGGAUGCAGGCAUCCUCUUCCCACAGAAGGAUUGUUUUCCUCAUCAUGUGCAAGAAAGGUGAAACUAAAUUCAACAUGGUUCUUCUGGUUGCAUUAAAGUCUACAUGACUGCUUAUGCCAGAAUCAGGAUGAAAUUUGCUAUAGAAUGUACUAAAAAAUACUCCUUCAAAAUAUUUGUAGAACAUAUUAGUGGCUAUUUUCAUUCCAUUCAGGUUCCUUGGAUCCAGUUCAUUUUAUUUACCUAUGGGCUUUCAUUUCAAGGCUAAUGUUUCUUACUAGGAAAUAAGUCUUAGAAGAGUUAAUUUCUGAAUAAAUGUAUUUUAGAUUGGUCAGCUAAAUUAUAAGAGUAUGAUCUUUGGACAUGGGACCUAUCCCUGUUUCCCUGAAGAACCUACUUUCUCUUCCAGAAUUCUAUGCCAGGGCAAAAAUACAGGUUUGGAAUGUACUUUCUUUUUAUUUCCACUGGCUUUAGAUUGUCCCAAAGAUGAUUCAGUAUUUUAGGUUAAUGCUGCUUUAUUUCCAGACUUAUAAGAUUCCUCUGCAAAGUAAGAAGCUCCCUCGCCAGAUUCAAACUAGAAUAGGCAAAGUUCACCUGUAAACUAUCUAUACAGUCCUUAAAGUUAUAUUGCUAUAUCCUGGCACCUUGAAAAUCCCUAUUCUCAUUGGGAUUUUUUUAAAAAAAGUUUAAAAUGCUGUAGCAUCUGGGGAAGAAAUAAACUGAAAGUGAUCAUUAACUUCAGUGACUCAGAUUAUGUUUUAAAAAUAGCUAGACUGAAUAAAAAUCACUAUCUUGCUAAUGCAUCUCAGAAGAUGGUGGAUUACUCAGUUUCUGUGUGUGUGCAAAAUGUGGACCCAACAAACCCCAUAACACAGUACUGUCUAAGCUGAGAAGAAACUCUUCUUCACUACCACUAAUUGUAGCCUUUUAAAUGGGUUCAAUUACUUGUUUGGUCCAACUGAGCACAAAAAUUGCACCUCUUUGCUAUAUUGUCUCCAAGGCUCAACAGCCUUCUGUAAUCCAUCCACCGAAGGAAGGUCUAUUUAGGAUUCGGAAUGAGAGAACACUUAGCAGCUGUAGUAACUUCUUCAACUGGUCACCUAUAGGCAUAAGUAAAAUUAAUCUCCCAGAGCAUUCUGUAAACCCAUUGGAAUUUUCAGUCUCCAUGUCUGGGCCAUCCUUUGGCCUGUACAUCUCAUCUCUCUUCUGCCUCCCUUCAGAGACUGUGUCAUGAAAAUGUACGCCCUUUGUGAUGUAAUGAUCUGAUCAUAAGGGUGACAUCUGCAUCCCCCAUUCUCAGGCUGCCUGUUUCCAUGACAGCGUAAUACAAAAAAUACAACAUAGUACCUGUCGCACGUGUCAGUAACAAUGACUUGAUGUAGCUGAGUGUGUUAUGAGGGACAUGUAUUUUUGAGCCAUAGCCUAUGAGGUGGCCUCAGGAUGAGAUACCUGGAUACGCCACAUGAGGCAUGGGGCUUCAGCAGAUCAAAAAGCCUUGGAUCUCAUUAUAAGGUAAAGGUAAAGGGACCCCUGAUCAUUAGGUCCAGUCGUGGCCGACUCUGGGGUUGCAGCGCUCAUCUCACUUUAUUGGCCGAGGGAGCCGGUGUACAGCUUCCAGGUCGUGGCCAGCAUGACUAAGCCGCUUCUGGCGAACCAGAGCAGCGCACGGAAACACCAUUUACCUUCCCGCCAGAGCGGUACCUAUUUAUCUACUUGCACUUUGACGUGCUUUCAAACUUCUAGGUUGGCAGGAGCAGGGACCGAGCAACGGGAGCUCACUCUGUUGCAGGGAUUCGAACCGCCGACCCUAGGCUCUGUGGUUUAACCCACAGCGCCACCCGUGUCAAAUUUGGUUGUGCAGAAUGUAUCCAAAGGGAUGUAUAUUCUUUCAAAGAAGUAUGAUCCUGUUUCAUCAAAUUCCAUCCCAUGUUUGAUCAAGUGGAGUAGUCCCGAGAGUCAUUGGGGGAAUUCUGAAAGUGAUGAGGAGAGGGAUGUGUGCUAAAGCACACAUACAGAAAUCGAAAAGAAAUAAUAAGAAGACAGAUAAUUAGAAUAUAUAGACAUAAGCAGUGUCAGCUGGGAGAAUUAACAUGUUAACUGGAAUAAUAGGCAGCUAUAGUUCUUGAUAUGAUAUCAAAAUGCCCUGUGAAUUUUGUGUUCUCAUUUCUUGCAUAACAAUGGAAAAUCAGUACUCGUACUCUUGAAUUCAACACAGUAUGAGGGAAGCUGGAUUUAACUGCAGAUUAAAUAAUACUGGCUGGGCAAAACCCUGCUCUGAAGCCUUGGUGUGGUGUUGCCAUUCACAGCAGGCAGUGCAGGAAAUAAUAGAUUCAGGAUUCAGACUUGGGGCAGAUUGAGUGCCCGUUUGGGCCCCCGAUCAGAUUUGUGUGUGCAUGUGCAUAGCUUACCCUAGCUUAGCAACUGAGUAACUAACGCUAGUAGGGUCCUAUGAGUGUCAGUCAUCCCAAGAGCCCUGCUCUGGAGUGGUCUCCUAGACUACAUCUUACUGUUAAGACGUGAAGUUGUGAAGAAAUGUGGAUUAAACAUUAAAAGCUGUAACAUUAAAAGCCCUGAGCCGAUUGGGCCCAGGAUACUUGAAUAAACCACCUGCACUCAUCUCAGCCUGUCCAUUUACUGAAAUCAGUGUUGGAAGACUUACUUAGGUGUCCACCUGUGAAGAUGAUUAGGUUGGUGGGCACACUUAACAGAGCCUUUUCAUUGGCUCGGCAACAAUGGAACUCCAUUGCUUUUGUAGGCAGGCCUUUUGAAGAUCUAUCGCUUUUCAGUGGCCUUUAGCAAGUUUUGUGUAUUAGGAGUCCUUGUUGUAGGCCUCCUGGACUUCAUUGUUCUUUUCCUGACGUUUAACUCUUGCCUUUCUUCCUUUUUUCCAUAGGUGAAGAUGAAGAUGAAUUUGAAAACUUCAUGCUUCCCCUGACAGUUUCAUUUGAAACUUUAGCUCAGAUAUUUAACAAUAGUUUUAAACAAGAGGAAGCAAAGGUAAGUUGUUUUGAAUAGAAGGGGGAAAUCUUAUUUCUCAUAAACCAAAUAGGGAGAUUGCGAGGGAAAGAGAGAGAUGGGUGGGGAGACACCAUCCAGCCAAAAAAAAUCACACUAAGGCCCAUUGACUUAAAUUGAUGGAAAUUAAGUGUGAAAGUAAUUUUGCCCUUAAAAUCAGAAAGAUUCAGUUUGGCUGGUUGCCUUUUUCUCAGUUCUGCUUUAGUUUAUGUGAUGUUUCCCUUUGAAGGUCCAUAUGUGAACUCUUCAUUUUUAAGCCUCUGGGGAUAUGAAUCUACUCUCCCCUACAUGAAGGGGCAAGGCAUGAGAAUUGUUUCCAGAGCAAGAUGAAGCAGAGACUGGCAUAAUGAGCAAACAAGUAGGAAGAUUAGGUAGUAGUAGAAUUGGUUCUCUGCUCGUUCCUCUCUUGCGAUACCUCCCUGCCCCAUCCCUGCUUGCUAUGUGCCCUACUUCCUUAUCUGUAUCAAUCCCCAUGUGGUGCUGAGCUUAUUCCUAGGCAUAGAUGUCAACUUUUCCCUUUUCUUGCGAGGAGUCCUAUUCGGAAUAAGGGAAUUUCCCUUUAAAAAGGGGAAAAGUUGACAGCUAUGUUCCUAGGCUCUGAGGAAUGCUGAAGUAGAAGAACAAAAGGCCUUGAUAAUCCUAAACUAGGAGAAGCAAAAUUGCACCGUUGAAUUCUCCCUGAGAAUUUUGCAUUACUGGUGAAACUAGGCUGUUUGUGGAGUUUCCAUCAAAAAGCUAGAAACCCCACACCUAGUUCCCUUGUCUCUCCCUAUGUCAUUUUAUAAGUGUGUGAUAUGAUGUCAUCAUAUUGCGUACUUGCCUCCCUUGUCAUCCUCCCCUGAGUGGCAGUGAUGAAAACAUGAUGCCAUCUCACACUUUUCCUUUAGUGGGAGAUAGGAAGUAGAUAUAGGGUGGCUGUUUUAGUGACAGCCUUAUGAUCAGCAUUACAUUUAGCUCCACUCUCUGUUUUUCAGUGGGUGAUGCACAACAUUAGUCAUACACAGUGGACUGAAUGAAACCAAUGGACUUAAGUUCAUUGAUAUCAGUGACUCUGCUCUGAGCAUGAUUAAUGUUAGACUCUGAUCUGAGCAUGAUUAAUGUUGGAUUUCACCCUGACUGCUCAAUAUCUUAUACUUCUGGAAUUUUGGCUUGUUGUUUAUUAACUACUUUCAUUUUUUUGUGGAUGAGCUUUUCUGUUUCUUUAUGUAUUUAUUUAUUAGGUGUGUGUAGACCUACAAAGGUAUGGGAAUAAACGGGAUGAAAACACUGUAUAUUUAGAACAUCUCUUCCAAACAAGAAUUUAAUAUAUAAAUCAGGAGUUUAUUAAAUGGCUAGGCAUAUAUGUAUAAAUAGGAACUGGUCUUGAAGUAUUGCGUUCUUAAACCGAACAAAGUGAUUAGGAUAACUGAUAGCUAAAUAAGGUUUUUAUGUGCCUGUGGGAGCCAUAUUAGGAUUGAUUUGACAAGUCAGUUCAGCUGUGGCAACAGUCAUAUUAUCUAGCACAACAUUAUGUUUUAUUAGUAAAAUCCUUAAGUGUAGCAAGCUGUUUGUGUCAAAACAACAGUAUAUUUUAGAUGGUGGGGGGAGACUUGCUAAGUGGAACGAAGCACAUUAGCAUAGCAUUACAUUAAAUAGAUUGCCUUCUACUAUUAUGAACAAACAGUUAACCGUGCACUCUAGAGUGGCUAUUUCAUCUACACUGUGUAAUAUUCGCAGAAGCUCUUAUCAAUAAUUUUUCCUUAGCAUUUUAAAAUGUGGUGGGAAACUUCGUGGUGCCAUUGCUGUUCUUCCCUCUCCACGGCUCUUCCAGAAAACGCAAACAGAUCUGGAGAACUGUAUGCUCUCACUCUAUAUAUAGGUAGCAAUCUUCUUUGGUUGCUUCUGCCUGCCUUGACAAGGUUUUGGGAGGUAGCUCACUGAUGGGAGUGGAGAAGCCCAGAAGCCCAGUUUAUUUUUGUACAAACCCUUGUGUAUGCUAAAAUGUGGCCCUAAAUAAUAAGCAUAUGCUAGGCAUGUUUACUAAAUGUUGUCUUUAAUGUUGCUCCAUGAGAAAAUUACUACCUCGGUAAGCAACUUUUUGAGAAAAAUAUGACAAGUGUUUUUAAUGCAACAGUGCCUUUAGUAACAGUAAAUGCACUGUUUUGACUCAAAAAAUAACUGUUGCCACAUACAUUAAACUCUUCACUUGACUUUGCUGAUCAUUCAGAAUAAUGCAUUGUUUGUUAGUUUGUUGAAUUUAUAUCCUGCCCUUCUUCCUGAAGGAGCCCAGGGCGGCAUUAGAUACUACUACUACUACUACUACUACUAUGUAAAGAUUGUUGUUCCAGGGA